CUUUAUAAAGACAAAGUAUCAGAAUUAUUGCAAAUGAUGUUAGCGGCUGAAACCGCCACUAAGUGCAUUAGAGUGGUCUGGCUCUCGACUUGCUAUAAAAGUCACUCUCGGAGUCAACUCCAAGUAGUCUUUUCGCGGUUUCCUAGUGCAAAAGAUGCACAUUUACAAUCAGUUGAAACCAGCAACGCCAGGAGAACGUCAGGAUUUGGUGGUCCUUCGAGGGGAUGGGGCGCCAUAAUCUGACUGCCAGCAGAUGUAAGUCCUUGCACAUGUUCCAACAUGAAACUCUGGAUGCCGACAGCGAUGUCCCUUAUAUCGAUUGCCAGGACGUAAGAAUAACUCCCGCUCGUAUGGUUUUCGAAAACGCGUUCGAGAGUAAGACGUUUUAUGAAAAAUUCACGAUCCUAAACAGGGGAUCGAAAGCUGCGUUUGUAAGGAUUGGAGCUGCCUCUUCGUAUGCGUUCAAAGUAAAGACAUUGCUGCGGGGUCAAAAGUUAUGUCCGGGAUUGACCAUCGAACGUUCCGUUAAGUUUCAGUGUCUUUGCGGUUCUUCUGUGCCGACUUCUACGUUACCGAUUUACAUAAAUGGAGAGCGCAUUGAUUACAAAAUUUACGUAUUGCUGUGUUCGGUGGACCUAAAGGCCGAACCUGCGACUCUCAAUUUCGACGUGAUCAACGGCGGCCCAAACGCGGCCGUACGCAUCCUUUCCGUUCGCAAUGAUGGUACCAGAAGCGUGCGUUUUAAUAUCGAUCUUGGAGGAAAUGCAAUGGAAUUCAUUGUGGAACCCGCAAAAGGAAUCAUACAGCCAAAAUCCACAACGUACUUUCGCGUAGAAUGCCUAUCAACUACGGAAGGUCAAUUCUCUAAGGAAUUUUGGAUCAAAUGCGAAACGCCGUUGAGAGUAGGAAUGGUGGGCAAAAUUAUCCGCCCUCAACUCCAGGUCAUCCACGAAAAUGCCUUACGGCACUUCACCUUCAUCGAUUUUCCCAAGACCUACGUCGGUACAUCCACCAGCAAACUAUUUUUGAUCAAGAACUUCAGCUCGUUGCCCGGAAUCUAUUGCAUCUUAGCAGAGGUUGAUGAUACAAUUGUGGAUCUCCGCUAUGCAUCAAGAAAACAGGCCGAUUUUCAAAAUUUCUCGGUGAAGCAGGUUGAAGGUAUCAUGGAGAAGUUUGAGUCGCGGAUCGUAGAAGUCACGUACACACCGUCAAAGUCGAAAAGGUCCGCUUCCAAGGCGUACACUUUCUGCUGCCUUCGUAUCAUGCGGGUUCCAUGUGGUACGCAGCGCGUAACUGACCUGAAAGAAAAACUAUUUUCAAGUGAAAGAAAUACCUCAGUGCGUCAGCUGGAUGACCUCGUAUCAAUAUCAUCGGAAUUUUACGCGAUGGGUGAUUCCGAGGAAUCCCUUCUCAGAAUCGUCAGUCCCGAAAAACUGGAGGGGUUUUCUGCAAACAACUCUAACAACAUCGUUCGAGUAGUGCUCUUUGGAGAAUCACUUGAACCCAGUGUGAAAGUAAGGCCGGAUACGUUCGAUUUCCAGAAAAUUAAAAUUCAAUCAGUGAACACUAGGGAGCUGUUUUUAAGUAAUGAAUCAGAAGAAUUGCCAAUUAUUUUUUUGUACCAAAAGAAAACAUGUGUUGAAAUACAGCCAAAGAUGAUAACUUUGCAACCCAAAGAAAGUGUAGAAGUGUCCCUAACCGUAGUUCCCACAAGAAUUGGAGAUCACUCGACCACAAUAGUUUUCGAUUUAUUAUUUUACAAUCGUCCUAGACAAAAUGAUGGAAACAUUAAGGUGGGGGAAGUACGCAUUCCUAUUAAAUGGGAAGUCUUAUCCGAGACCACGCAUCCAAAAGCGGUGUUGAAUAUGGGAAUUACGCCUAACUAUAUUAAAGAGGUUGGAAUGUUCACGGACGACAUCCGGUUUACUUCUAAAGUACAAAUUCCUCGUGCCACGUUAGUAAAAUCUGCGCAGAAGAAACGCAACCAUCGUGACAAUGAUCUAAUAGCAUUUCCAAAUGAUCGACCCAAAACGCUGAGACCUUGGACUUCCAACGCCAAAUAUCGCACGAUAUGUGCGGAUAUAAUUCGCGGUCAAAGGAACACUCCGGAUGAAUUUCAAUUCGCCCCCGAUGAAUUGCGAUUAAAAAAGGAGGUGUGGGGUUACUACAAAAAUUACCUCAAUUCUCAAUCGAAACAAAGGCCUCGUCGUGUCAGUAGUUCUAUGGUCGAUUACGAAGUAACUGAUGUCGCCCAGGUGCUAUUGGAUAAUGUCGCCAAAACGGAAUGUUCCCAAAAAGCGUUGGUCUUCAAAAGUACCCGAAAAUUUCACGAUUUUAUACCGCUGACACCGUCGCAGCUGAUCAAAAUUAAGAUUUAUCCUCCAAACAUUCAUUUGGGAAAGGUAGCUCCUAAAAGUUUCGAGACUGCAUGGGCGACCAUUCAUAAUGGAAGCAACGUGGACAUCUUUGUAAAUUCAAAGUGCUCCAAAUCUGCAAUAAGUUUUUCGAAUACCGACGUUACGACCGUAAAGUCCGCAAGUACGGAACAUGUUCAAAUGUAUUUCACUGCUGGCUCGUUAGUCGGACGUUUUAGUGCAAUAGUUGACUUCGUAAUAAACGCCAGCGACGUAUAUUCGAUUUCUGUUACUGCUGAAAUAGUACCGAGGUGUGUGAAACUUGCACAAGUCGAGAUACGUUUCACAAAUGAAGCUUACAAAUUUGCGCACAUUUCGAAUCCGGUAAACGUGCCCGUUCAUUUCUUUUGGAAGGUACCGGAAUCACAAUUUGCAAUCUACCCCAUGUCGGCGACGAUCGCAAGCCGAGGUAAUAUAACCUGCUGCAUAACGUACACGCCGAAUCGCCUUUUGUCGAACUGCAUCGACGCCACACUAUGCUCGGAGAAUGGACAUCGCCAAAUUGUCAAUAUCACAAGGUCACCUUGUACAGAUCCCAAGGUCAAACUCGAAAGUACACUCUUAAGAUUCGACUACAUUCCCGUAAACUUGCCACUGGAAGGCACGACGGCACUAAUAAACUUAGAAAAAGAACCCAUCGCCUUUGUCGUUCUAAAUUCUCAACCAAUCGAUGGUGUAAACGUCUCCCCAGUUGAAGGUAUCAUACCACCUUGUGGCGAACAAGUUUUGACCAUCCAUAUCCGAAUCCCAACCUGCAUCUCUUUCGAAAUCACCGUCUGCAUAGGCAUAAACAACGAUAAGGUGCUGGAGCUUAAAAUUACAGGGAAAGUGCUGUACCCAGAAAUUGUGUGUAAACCUGAAGUAGUAAAACUCAAAAAGAUCGUCGCUCACGCCUUUGAGCGUCAAGUACUCAUUAUUAACAAUAAAAGCGCGGUGAACGCAACAGUCCAAUUUUGUUUGGAUGAAUACGUGGAAUACCACAUUUUCGAUGAGCGCAGCGUUGAUCUCUCAUCCCAAGCAAUUACCGAAAUAACUUUACUACCGAAAUCACAAAAAGAACUUUAUCUACACUUUAAUCCAAUGGGUGCUGCGGUCUACUGUUUUUAUCUGCCGAUGGUAGUCAACGGAAUUUUUGGCCCUACGUUUCUAAACGCUCCGGAAACUCUAAACCCUGCUUAUUUUACAAAAUCCAAAACAGAGUCAUAUGCAAACCUGGACUAUGUGAACAUAGUCCAAAUUCCAAAGAAAAUGCCGGUUUGCUUAGUGAGCACAACUGUAGGCUGUGACACACUGAAGUUCACAAAGAUGAAUGUGAGCUUUAAGUAUUACCCGGGAGAUUUACAUUCAGAAACCGAAGCCGAUAUCAAAAUUUGGAACGCGUCCCAAGAUACUUGCACGUUUUGCAUACGUACGGAUAACUUAGGAAAACCGUUCACCUUACAGCAUCAAUCGGGCAACCGUUUGGAACUGAAGGAGUACUCAAUGGUCUGCCAAUUAGAUCCGCAGGAGGACGUAACUUUGCACGCUACAUUUCGGCCCACGUUUGAAGGUACAUAUUUUAUAAAGCUACCCAUUUACCUCAGACAUUACGCGAGCGGAAGCAUCUUUAACUACCUCUCAUUCACUGGCUACUACCCUAAACCCGUCAUUAGCACAAAUCCGGGAACGAUAUAUUUUGAACCUGUCGUACCGACGUGCCAGACUGAACAGGUCGUGACACUUACGACCAGAUAUCAUAACAUGGGCUGCAAUAUAUCGGUCAGUUCAAAUUUGGGUGAAUUGAAGGCGCAGUUUGGAGAAAGACGGGCCAAUCAUGGUAAUGGGGAGGUCGACGUCAUACUAACUUGUAGCGCUAAAAAGUCGACAAUAAUAGAUGGCCACAUUGAUGUAAGUUGUUCCUGUGGGGCGCUUUUGAAGCUUGCAAUUAAAGGAUUGGUUGAAAACACGCUACCAACCAUUCACGCGUUGCUUGUACCACUCCGUCAUGAGUCCAUAUCGUUUAAUUCAACUUUACAGAUGGAUGCCAUCCUAGAUAUUGAUGCGGCGUCGUCAUCCGUAUCCUCUUUCGUCCAAGAGGUGAUUGUGAAUUACAACGAGACGUGCUUUCCACGUUUCCCUGACGAAGAUGAUGGCUCCGAGUACGCUGUGCAUAUGAGACGCGUCUGCUUGGCCAUGGAAGAAUGGAUUUCCCAUCAAGGCUUGUAUGGGAAAAAAUACUUUAAGAUACCAGAAGGAAUUGCUGCACCCCCUCACAUGUCGCACUCUGAAGAGAAACAAGGCAAUGGGUCAAAGAAGAGCAACUCAACCUCGUUGAAAUAUAUUGAUUUGUUGUUAAACCUCAUAGGAUCCACUUCCCUUAAAUAUAUUAACAUUCGGUCACUACCUGAUGACUACUUGGAAAGGGUCAACACCAUUUACAACACCUACGAGCAAGUCAUUGAGUUCGUUACUGUACAAGGAGGACUUCUGCCUCACGUGUCACCGGAACAUCUUUUAGUAUAUGGCGACUACGUGUCAUUUUAUAGAGAUAUAUUUCCCAACAGAUCUGACUAUAUCGGCGAGACAGUUCCGAAGACGUUAACCAACAGCGAAUUCUAUCGAUUGUCAAAGCAAAGUUGGCUGGAUCUGCUAUUACAAUCGUAUAAAGUAUUCGUACUAGCAAAAGUUCAAGCUCCCACGAAAGAGAGACCAAAAAGCGUGAACACGAGCGAUGUAGUCAGUGCUUCUAUAGACAGCUGUGGUACUUACAAGCCCUCCGAGAACUCCGACUUCUGGAAUAGUUUCGCUGACUUGGACAGUUCCAACUUUUAUCAGAAGUCUGAGAUGAUUUUGUUGUACUGGUUAGAGUACCACUAUAACAACGUCAUCGACACGCAUUGGCUGGACUUUGCGAGACACUCCCAUCAGCCUAUACCUAAGAAGAUUUCAAAUUUUGAUUAUGACUUGCGCGACGGUUUGGCCUUAAUCGCGGUAACAAUCUCUUACUGCCAUUACUUGACCCCUUUUUUCUCGGACAUAUACCUGGCACCUACAUCUGAAGAACAAGCAUUACACAACGCAUCCAAACUCCUGGAGAGUUGGAAUGAAAUUAAUCUAAGCUACUCCAUACUUCCAAGGCAAAUCACUCUUCCAAACUGCAUUGAAAUGCUAAUGCUAGUAAACUAUUUGUUCGAGGUUCUUCCGUCGUACUCCGCUCACAAUGUUUUGUAUUUCAAAACUGGUCUCAGCACUACGUGCUCGAAGGAGAUCGAAGUGGAGAACGCCAGCGAAGCUCUCGUGGGAUACGCAGUAAUCCUCUUGGGAAACAAUCGUGACUUAUUUCAGAUUAACGAGCAUGAAAUCGAACUCGCCCCCUUUGGGAAGGCAAAAUUGAGAAUCACAUUUUCUGCGAAGUUUCUAGAAGAGGAACGAGCAACUUUGAUCCUCAAUGGUGAAAGCUGUCGCAAGCCCCAUGCAAAAAGUAUGGCGUUUCAAUUAGUUGGAGAAGCCGUGCGUUCUUACUGCACGUCGGUUAUAAACAUCCCCGUGCCGAUUUAUAAGAUUGCAGAACUAGAGCUAUCGGUUCAGUCGCCGUAUGGCUCUGCGGCUACGUACCAUAUCAACUACAGCUACGAUGAACCCAUAGACGACUCUGUUGGAAUUAUUUCAGCUCAAGUUGCUCAAAAUAGAAGAAUACCGAGAGCCAUAACCUGUUCUGACGUACUGAUCAAUUUCGACGAUGAAGGCAUUGGAAGUUAUCGCAUUAACGCAUGCUGCAUCACAACCAGUAAAACUUCAACGUGGGUAAUCUUCACGAAUUCCACGUUCGGAAACUUUACGAUAAACAUCAUUAUUAUGCCACAAUUUCACGAUGAUUUGUAUUGCAACUUGGAAGUUCCCUUGGGGACCAUAUUUCGUAAGGCAAAUUGCACGUGUAAAAACGGCGCUAACUUGAUGAACAAGGGGUGUCCCAGAAGAAUUCCACUUAAAAUACCGUGCCGAAAUGACUUUCUUUGGAAUGCUCUCAGUGAUUUGGUAUUGGGUACGGCUGACGAAACGGAAAUAGAUUUUUGGAAGAGAUACAUAGGGACAACUGCAGGCAUUGAAAUACAAAAAUGGUUAAUGAAGAGUGAAAGCGAUGACGAAGAAUUUAAAGCCAUAAGAAGUGUUUUUCGCAGUACAAAGAAGUAUUCCAUCACUGUGGAAAGCAGUUUACCUCAGAUAAUAGUACCACCUUAUACCUCCAUAGGUAACGUAUUUCACUGGGACAACCACGAAAUUUUUAUACAUAUGGAUUAUGAAAGACAACUCAACUCGGACCUCAAGAUCAAGUUGGAGUCCAUUGAUGGUCACGAGUAUCGCUUUUAUAACAUUUCGUUUAGCACAUGAAAGUGAAAGGUGACUUUUGCAUGUAAUCCUAAUAAAAUAGUCCAAUUCAAAAAUAACUGCAUCCGUGUAUAUAAUACUGUACUACCCCCAUAUAU